AUGGCCGCUACAGAUCUAGCUGUCGCGCAGCAAUUACAGGGCGCGCUGGUGGGUUCGGUGAAAGUGUGUCAAUUUGAAUCACUGCGGUUUGAUGGUUUGGAUGUCUGCGGAUCACGAACCCUCAACCAAGGCAAUGUCCGCCGAUUGAUCCAUCGCUUUGAUCAGGAAGGCUGUCGCAGGCUGGAUCCUCUAACAUGGAUUCCUGCAGAAAUGGCACCUCCGGAUCUUGAGCAGAUAAUGGCUACAAAUUCGCUGACUAGAUUGUCCUUGGAAAACCCAGCAAGCAUCAGCUUGCCUCCUGGGUUUUCCAUAUACUGCUUCCAAGGUCAGCACCGACUGUCAGCCGCCGCCGAGUGGCUCAAUCCGAACGAACAUUGGUGGAUUCUAUGCCUCUAUGAUGCCACCAAAUUAACUCCCGCCGCGCGGAGAAAAUUGCGCGAGUCUGAGGCGAGCGCUCAAGAGUUCAGUGACGGCGAUAUAUUCCGGAGCGUGCGAUACUAUCAGAGGCGCGGCGAGAUGGAGGCUGCGGGGGAAUGGUUGGCGAAGUGGUCACCAUCGAAAUGCCGUGAUUUCAAGGAAAUCUAUCAACCCAAGGUUGACAACCACGCGGCCUUCCGCGAGAGCCUUGAUAAUCUCCUACAAUUCCCUGCGCUUUGGAGCCCCUGGCUCAUGGGUCUGCAUUUAUCCAGUCUCAAAAUCCCAGAGGAACUUGCCUCUUGUCUGAGUCACAUCAAUACCGCCUGGGUUAGCCUGACUUGCAAUCAGCCGCACCUGCUAGACACCGAGACAGUUGAGCAACUUGAAGGACGAUGUCCUUCUCUCUCUAAGGCCGACCGCUUGCACAUAGAUCAUUUGUUUGACGAGAAUACCGUGUUCGCUGCCUGUUCAGAUACCCAGCUCCGUUCAGAACUCCGGCAGGCUGCCCUAGGGUAUACUGGGAUUAUCCCGUCUCUACGGAUGUUCCUCGAAAACAUUAAAUACAUCCGACCCAUGGUAUACGUUAUUAAACGACUCCUGCCUCCCAGAUUCAGAGGAACAAUCCGUCAGACAAUGUUUCGCUACUAUGUUCGCCCACAGAAUAACCGGUUCCCGAUCCAGAUUUCCGAGAGCUGCGUUGAGGAAAGGCCACACCCGAACGAUGACUAUGGCUUUUGGUCGGCAUAUCGGCAGGUGUUUCUCUUUGCCAUGCGUCACUUCUAUGGUCUUUCUGAUGCGCCCCCACUUGGUCAUAACCGUUACUCGCCAUUGGGACAGGUGCCCGAUUCCCAAAAUCUAUGGAUUCAGUUUAAAGAACUCACUCGUACGGUUGGGCUCAUCCUGCCUGGCUCUCGCAUCUCUACAAGACCUGCCCAGUAUAACCCAGAGUUCGCCGCUAUCUAUAACCUCCUGACGCGCCUUCGACCACCAAGGGAUUUCGAGUAUGAUCCGUCUAUCAUUACACAGUGCAGCACUCAGGUUGCGGGCGUACUUCAGAAUAUAAAGCAGCGGCGAAUCCCACAGCAAUGUCCUGCUCUCGCCAUAGAUGUCCAGGAACACUGGUCACUGGACAGACGCUGUGGUAUGACGGAUAUUGGAAGCUUUUUUUCGGACCAGAACUAUCUGUUCCUACAGCAUAUAUACUACCCCCAAAGCACCAUGCAUGGUCAAGACUUGUCAACAUUCGCUGUGAAGAGAGAUUUCUUCACGUCCUUUUUCCCUGGAUUUCUAGACAGCCCUGGCAUGACAGAGCCCAUAUCUGACUGCUCGGUUAACCUAGAACCUGCAGCUGAUGCGCCUCUACCGAACGAGAUGAUCGGACCCGGACCAAUGACUACAGUGGUCCACGAUGACACAGAUAUGAGCGAAGAGCCUCAGAUGCCAACUAGAAACCUUUCUGCGACGGAGCAAACUCAGGAUAUGUCGCCUCUCCAGUUGCACGUACUGCCAGCCUUAGUUAAUGACAUCGGAAGCGUGAACGCAAUUAUGCCCAUCAAUCAGGUGCCUGAACCAUCCCAUCAAGAACUGGUUCUAUUCGACGAAGCACGCCAAUAUACGGAAGCCGAAACUCAAGUCAGUACAUCCCUGACUAAUGAUGCACUUGGCUGUAUCAAAUCACAGACCGUGGAUGCAUGUACUUACUCGACGACACUAUCCCCGGGAAGGUUUCAUGCUCUCUUUCGCAGGCAAGCACGUGGGAAUGUUCCUUACGGCGCAUUCUACCACGUAGAUACAAAGGAGAUCCUUUGCCUCUUAUGCUCGAGCCUUGAUAAACUCCCCGACUUGCUCCCGGGGCUAGCGAAAUUUUGGUUUGCAAAGGCCACCAAAGUGCCUGGAGCCGGCGAAAACCUUAAACUUCUGCCAGUGGAAGACGUCGUAUCCUUUCUGAACCGGGGACCAGAGCUCUUUUUCCUGGGCGUCUGGGGUAGCGGAUACGGCGCAGAAUUAUUAAACAUCGAUCAGGAUGUUGGCACAACAGAACAACUUGCCUUACCACGGUUCAAUAUCGUCGAAAAGAGGUGGGAGUUAAUGCCGUGCGCAGAAUAG